AUGAGCGCCAUCGAGGCCGCUGCGGCCGCCCCCGCCGUCGACGAGGUCAUCGGCAGCGAUUCCGAAGAUGAUCUACCCCCAAUGAAGGACGAGCCGCCCUACCCGUAUUUCGUCCUGAAACAAGAUGUCGAGCUCGAGAUCAACUUUAGGGCGAAACGAAUCGAAGGAAAAUCCCACAUCACGUUUGGCAUAGUGGGGAAUGCCCAGCUCGAUGAGCUCGCCAUUGAUGCGCGACAGUCCGAGAUCGAUGUCAAGAACAUCACGGUCACCGCCCUCAAGGAUCAGAACCCCCUCGGCCCGCCCAAAAAGGUGUCAGCUACGUACACGGACCCGUAUAAGUUACUGGACUAUCCGAAAUACUAUGACUGGAAUGCCUCGCAUCACGACCUGAGGAAGAUUCGGAUGCGCCCCCUCAUGCACAACCGAAAGAGUGACGUGCCUGCCGAGAAUAGAGAGCUGGUAGGCUGUACACCCGCUGAUGGUGCCUUGCGAGUCAGUCUGAGAGAUCUCAAGAAGACGAAGGGAGUUGUCAAGGAGGAACCGGUGUCUGGAGUGGGAGUCACCAAACGGCCGACCCUCAAGAUUCGCGUUUCGAGCGUGACGCCAAACUCUGCGGAGCUUCCCGAAAGCGAGCUAACUGGCUCAAGGGAAUAUCGUGUCACGAUACCUUUCAAGACCAAGCUUGUGCGGGAUGGCGUUCAGUUUGUUGGCGUUGAUCCCGGAGAUCUUCGAUACCCGCACGCCUACACUCGACAUUCCAUCGAGCCGGGGACUGCUUCCUGUAUUUUCCCGUGCGUUGACGACCCCGGCACGCUUCCAACGUGGACGAUGGCCGUCAAAUGCCCAAGGACGCUGGGCGACGCACUUUGGCAACCUCUGGCCACCCAACACCGGAAUGGCAAUGCGAAUGGCAACCGGGAUCGUGGGGCAAAUCAGUCCAAGGCUGACAGAGAUUUCGCUCUCACUGAGGAAGACAAGCUUCUUGAGAUGACAGUCGUGUGCUCCGGCAUUCUGUCAGACGAGAUCGUCGAUCCUGAAGACGAGCAGAAGAAGAUCAUGACUUUUGAGAUGGAGAAGCGGGUCGCCGUACAGAAAAUCGGCUUCGCGGUCGGUCCGUUCGAGCAUGUCGACCUGUUCUCAGAUUUCCGUACAGAAGAAAAUGAUGAGAAACUCGGCGCUAGUGCGCUCAAGAUCCACGGCUACUGCCUUCCCGGAAGAGCUGCAGAGGUCCAAAACAGCUGCGCAGCGCUCGCCGCGGCUGCCGACUUUUUCACCCUCACAUUUGCCCGAUACCCAUUCGACAACUACAAGAUGUGCUUCCUCGAUGACAUGAUGGAUGAUACGGUAGCCCUUCAAUCGCUAUCGUUCGUCAGCACCCGCCUAUUGUUCCCCGAGGACAUAAUCGACCUAGAAGUGGACGUCACAAGGCAAUUGGUAUACAGCCUGGCCUCGCAGUGGAGUGGAAUCAACCUUUUCCCAAAUACACGCAGAGAUCUCUGGGUCGUCAUCGGCAUCGCCUACUACAUGACUGACCUCUUCCUGAAGAAGCUGUGCGGCAACAACGACUACAGAUUCCGAAUGAAAACCAUGUCAGACAAGCUGGUGACAGUCGAUAUCAAGCGGCCAUCACUGCACGAACUUGGCCAUCUCCUGCAUAUUGGAGAUUUUGAGAUGGACUUCAUGGCACUCAAGGCGCCCCUGGUGCUCUUCAUUCUCGACAAGCGGUUGAUGAAGGCGCCUGCCCAGACCAAUCUCACACGCAUCAUUUCCCGGAUUCUCUACAAGGCCAACAUCGGAGAUAGGCAGAGCGAAUGGAUUAUCAACACGGAGUCGUUUCAGAGAGUUUGUGAAAAGAACGCCAGAAACAAACUCGAGGCUUUCUGGAACCAAUGGGUUUACGGUUCGGGCUGUCCGAGGUUCGACGUUUUCCAACGGUUCAACAAGAAAAGACUCUGCGUGGAGAUGACUAUUCGCCAAGUUCAGGAUAAAGUUAUGAGCGAAGCAGAGCUCCUGAAAAAGUCGGAAUUCCUUCGCGCUAUUAAGGAAAAAGCGCAUGGUGUCAAGACAGACGAGAAAGCCAGCCUCUUUACAGGCCCCAUGACUAUCAGGAUUCACGAAGCUGAUGGAACGCCUUAUGAACACAUAGUGGAAAUUCGCGAGGAUGCUGCUAAGGCCGCUAAGUUCGAGAUUCCUUACAACACCAAGUACAAGCGAUUAAAGAGAAAGAGGAGAGCAACGGAAAAGCUCAGUGCACAGUCUGCUGCAGACCCUGACAAUAACGAAGAUGCGCUCUUGUAUUGCCUGGGUGACGUUCUAACCAAUCCCGAAGACAUGAGGAAGUGGGACUUCUCCGAAUGGGAGCCCGAGAUCGAAAAAGCUAUGGACCAAGAGUCGUACGAGUGGAUUCGAAUGGACGCUGACUUUGAAUGGGCCUGCGAGAUGAAGACAAAUCUCCAAAGCUACAUGUACGUGUCUCAGCUCCAGCAAGAUAGGGAUGUCGUGGCGCAGCAGGAUUCGAUGCUAUACUUGAAGAAGAGUCCGCCCCAUCCACUGGUGUCGACGUUCCUUACCAGGACCCUUGUCGACCGGCGAUACUUUCAUGGCAUCAGGACCAUGGCUGCAGAGAUGUUAUUUCACCACGCCGCAGAUAAGGUCUCGAUGGCUGGUAUGACCCAUCUGCUGAAAGCCUUUACAGAGAUGUUUUGCUACCCUGAUACCUCCAUGCCUCGGCCAAACGACUUUUCAGACAAGAAACAAUACAUCGUGCAGAGCACACUACCUAUGGCCAUUGCAAAGAUUCGCGACGCUAGCGGCAGAUGUCCCGAAGCUGCACGACGCUUCCUCCUGAAUCAAGUUCAGUUCAACAACAAUGCCAAUAACCCGUAUUCGGAUCAUUUCUACGUUGCCAAGCUUCUAGAGGCUCUUGCCCAUAGCUUGGUUCCAGAGAAGAAACGGGAGUCGGACGAUGCCAUGGAUGUGGACAUGUCAGCCGAGGAGAAAGGUUUCCUCAGGGAGGCCAUUAUCGAGAUUGACCGCUUCCGCAGGAUGGAUGAAUGGGCCAACUCUUACCAGAACAUCUGGACAACGACCGCGCUCGAGUGCAGACGCAAGCUCAUGAAGGCAGGAGUCAUUCCAAGAAGCGCUGUGGCCUUUGUCCAGUACCUGCAGGAUGACACGUGCGACCUUGUUCGAAUCAAGGCUUUCGAGGCUCUGGUGGAUCUCGGUUAUAUGAUGGAUCUGCCUGUCUUCCGCCUAAUUCUUUCCGUUAUGAGCACUGACCGAUCUCCAUUCGUGCGGGAUAAGCUUGUGAAGAUAUUCUGUACAGGUCUGGCAAGUCUUGCAUUUGGCGAGCAGUCGCGGGCUAAGGUUGCGCCUGCUGUUCCUGACGGUGGGCUCAUGAUCGUGGACAACACUGAGGCGGAGACGCAGAAAAGGCGGAAAGAAUUCGCACGGAAGCAGGACAUUGAUGUCGCACUCGAGGCUUUGAGGACGGAAAUGGAAGAGCAGUUUUCGGAGCAAGAGGCGGCAUUGGAGCGAGCAUUUUGGAAGGCGAUUAACUCCAAUUUGAUUGGGCGUUCCGAGAAGAUCACACUGCUGGAGCUUUGCGGCACCAUAGUCGACGCUGCGGACCGAUGGACGAUCACUCUGAAGUAUCCCAAGCGAUGGAGAGUCAACCGUCCAGUUCAGCGUCAACCUGGCAGGAAUAUUGUCAACUUCAAGGCCUUCUUCAAGACGGCCAUGCCGCAAAAGAUCAAAGAGCCUGAACCACCAGUACCAGCAGCAGUACCAGUACCAGCACCAGCACCAGCACCAGCACCAGCACCAGUAUCUGCACCUGCACCUGCUCCCGUGAUUGCACCAUCCCGGCCGCCCGAACCCAAGCGACUAAUUGUCAAUAUGAAGAGUGGCGUCGCCAAAUCCAGCAAGCCUACGGUCUCUCUCCCGCGACCUGCCUCCACAGCUCCCCGCCCGUCGCCGGUCUCUGCCACACAGUCUCCCGUUCCAAGCGCGGCACCAUCACCCGCUCCGCGGGAAGCAGACUCUAUUGUCGCGCACUCGAAUGCCAAGGUGUCCACCCCAAAGCCGUCAUUCUCGAAGCUCCCCGGGUCUAGGCCGCCAAAUGUGAAGCCCGGUAUCGUCAAGCCAGGAGUUGCGAAAUCUGUGGUAUCUUCGGGAUCGUCGUCGUCGUCGUCUAUGCAGCAAAACGGGCGUUCAACUCCCCAACCUACCCCUGAGCCCGGCAGCAGCAAAUCGCAGAAGCGACCCCGGCCCGACAAGGUCCCGGGGGUUGACGACGCAUCGCCAGCUCUCAAGAAGGCGAAGCUGAGUGUCCGGCCUGACGGCACUGUGGUGAGGAAGCGCAGGAUGUUCAAGUUCCGGCACCCGAACCUCAAGAAGAUUCUCAAGAAGGCUGGCGUCAAGAGUCAGAUGCCCAUCAGAGAUCCAUCCAAGAUUCGGAGACCUGGGACACCGUUGAGUGUUCGAGCCUCUCCCGCUGGAUCGCCGGCUCCUCCCCCAUCUGAGAGCAUCAAUGCGAAGCCGGCUCGGAAGCCUCUCCCUGGCGCUCCGUCUGCGGCCAGUCCUCCACCAGUCCCAGCGUCACUGCCGCCGAGGCCUCCGCCGCAGUCAUCGCCACCUCCGGUUGAGGGUCAGUCUGCUCCCAAGAAGGUGAAGCUUGUCAUCAAGAAACCUUCCAGCUCGCUGCCCAAGUAA